GUACCGGGUGCGCUUGGUCCAAUGAACUAUUGUGCCUCUAGCGUAGUAAUCCUAUUUGUCUACGAGCGCUGCUCAUAAUGUACAGAACAUGCAAUCCCAAUCAGACGCGUAUUACCUACCCUGACAGCGCACGUACAUGUACAUGUUCAUACAUGCAUCGAAAGCCUUGCCUUGAAUGCUGCAAAAAACCUAUCAGAAGCCCAUGAGACGUGUCUUCGAACGUAACUACUGGAUACUGUGGCACGCCUGUUCUUUGCUCUGUGGUCAUUGCCACCCAGUAAGCUAGGGGCCUACCUACGUACCUGUGUAUCAUGGACGUCAACGACACAGACAGUGAUCGUUGGGACAAUCCGAAGGCUUUCGAAAUACCCCCCUGGCGCUGGAAUGUCUCCGUGUCAAUCUGCAUGGCCGUCUUCGGCGUUUUGGGCAAUAGUGCCCUCCUGCUGGUGAUUCUACUGAACCGCCAUUUGCGAACCACCUCGAACAUCUUGGUUUGUAACUUGGCUGUGGCAGACCUCAUGAUGUUUGUUGUAAAUGUGCCCAUGUCAACAGUCUCGUGGCUGUUCAUAAGUUGGCCCACCGGGGCGUUCGGCAGUUUCCUGUGCAAGGCCGGGGGCGGGGCGUGGGUACUUUCUCAGGCACUGUGUGCGACCUCCCUGACUGCGGUUAGCAUCGAGCGUUACUUCUCCCUGCACCGGCGGGUCCAGAUGAAGCGCACGCUGGCGAUUCUCCUGGUUGUCUGGACCAUUGGGCUCCUGUUCACCAUUCCUGUCUUGGUGGUAGGCCACACGUAUUACAUACCUUAUUUUGACGUACACAUUUGUCGUCAACUCCCAGACCAUUGGCUGGCAAUUCGGGGUUACAUCACCGCGUACGCACUCCUGACCUAUUUCUUACCUGUCCUAGUCAUUACCAGCUGCUAUGCGGCAAUGGCGCGAGUUCUCUGUUGCGGUGGGGUCAGUGGAGAAUCCGUCGCCAGCGUGCGUGCCCGCCAUCGUCUGGCGAUUGUGGUGCUGCUGCUGGCGAUCGUCUUCGCCGUCUUCUGGUUCCCGUACCACUUCUUCUACAUGUUCUUCCUGUACUCGGACUACGACACCAUGGAGCACGUCUAUAAGAACUUCGAGCUGUACAUGCGCCUGAUCGAGAUCGCGCACGUGCUCAUCUACGUCAAUUCCUGCCUCAACCCCUUCGUGGUGUUCGUCCUCAGUGGAGUCCACCGCCAGCCUCUCCUCGACAGCUUUCGGGGCCGUUUUUACCGGCGUAAUCGGAAGGCAGCCGCUGGACAGCCCCGCCGAUAUGCUCCUGUGCCGGAAGGCGUCUACGCGGAAACAACGCUCAGCGUCCAAUAAUUGUCCCUCCCCGAGGGAGGGGCGGUGCUGAGAGGCCCCUGGGGAUACCCGGCACGAUAUGUGGGAAAAGGAACCCCCUAAUGUGAUGCACAAUGAAACAAUAUACGGCCUUUUUAGCCCCAACGACUGUGAUUGAUGCCCAAAAGAAACAUGCGCAGUCGGUCACUCUGAAGAGCUUGUGGUGUGCGGUUUUUCUUUGAAAACAAAAAGGCACAAGGAGAGAUGCGCGAAACUGAAAGUCCCAUAUGCGGCAAGGUAUGAGACGGAGAGAACCCCACUGCUUUGUGUUGGUCAUUGUCUC